UGUCAUGCGGUUACCACGGCAACAGGUCUGAGGCACAUCGCCAUUCUGAAGUUGGUCGGCACGGAGCCGCCGGACAUGGGCGGAGUCUUGGAGCUGUAUCCUAUCAACGGGAGCGCUACUGUGGACCGAGAAGGACUCACGGGCACGCUGGUGAAGGACAUGAGGAACUACUUCCAGAUCAGCCCAGAAUACUUCUCCAUGCUGCUGGUCGGGAAGGACGGGAACGUCAAGUCCUGGUACCCUUCGCCCAUGUGGUCCAUGGCGAUCAUCUACGACCUGGUGGACUCUAUGCAGCUGCGCAGACAGGAAAUGGCCAUCCAGCAGUCACUGGGUAUGCGCUGCCCCGAGGACGAGUACGGCGGCUACGGCUACCAUCAGCACGGGUACGAACACGGCUACCAGGACGGGUAUCACCAGGGCUACGGUUACUAACUCCUCCCUCCGCCUGGCAGCUGGUGCUCGGCUCUGUCGGCCCUCUUCCCUUUUGUAACCUUUCCUCCCCAUCCUCCGCCAGGCGGCCGGCUCAGAUCGGAGCGAGGUCCUUGAAUGUUUUGUAGCACUUAGUGGAAGCCUGAAAACGGCUGCUGUCACCUUUCAGAUACAAACGGCUGCAGAAACGGUCGCUUGCAAAGGCGCUUUAAUCAGAGCUGGUUAGUCAGUAAAUGUGUAGGUGAGCCUGGAGGUUCAGGGAUCUGUUUGUGGACUUAGUUUGUUUUUUUUUUUUGUUUUUUGUUUUGCACGUUAUUAUAAUAUCGCUCUCCUUCACUCGCCUUCCAGGUCAAAUUUACAUGUUAUCAGCACAGACCUUUAUUUUGUAGAUAAUGGGCUAAAAUAAGACUUAUAUGUAUUUAUUGGACAUCUGUCGCAUUGCAGUUAUCGAUGAUUUUGUGGGGAGAAGCUGUCACGUUUUUCAUCUUUUGUAAAGUUUCUGUUGCUAUACAGUGUUCUUAUUUAUACUCUAUUGUGCUAUAUGACAAAUAAACGUUUGUUUACUACCA